AUGGAGAGACUAAUUUCAAUCAGAGAGGGACAUAGAAGAGUUAUUCAGCAAUAUUUACAGAGAAUUGAAACCGCUAAACAAGAUCCGACGCCAACAGCAUUUAACACGAUAUUACAAAACAUUCGCAAUAAAUUAGAAAAUGUGCGAGAACUUGAUCAGAAGAUUAUAGAAGUUAUUGAGCCAUCUGAGAUCGAGACAGAAAUACUAGAGGCAGAGGAAUACACGUUGAAUAUAGACAUAGAAAUAAGCAGUCUGGAAGAUUUUAGAAGAUCACAAGGCUUUAACCCAGACAGAGAGUUAUACCAACCCAACAGCGAGCCAGGACUUCAGCUGAUACCCGGUAUACAGAAUUCUCAACAAACUGUGAGUUCAAGUUUUUCUCAAUCCCAUAAACUUCCAAAAUUAUCACUUCCAACAUUCUCAGGUGACUUACUUCAGUGGCAGACAUUCUGGGAUUCGUAUGAAUCUUCGGUACAUAAUAAUCCGACCCUUACAGAUGUACAAAAGUUCACUUAUUUGAAAGCUCAGAUAGAGGGUAUUGCAGCCAACACCAUAGCAGGUUUUGCACUCACAAAUGCAAACUACACAAGAGCGGUCGACCUACUUCAUGAAAGGUUUGGACAAACACAUAAGAUCGUACAAGCAUACAUGCAAGCCUUAUUGCAACUUCCAGCGCCGAGUAAUAACCUAAACAGUCUGCAAAGAUAUUACGAUCAACUAGAGUCAUACAUUCGCGGAUUAGAAUCACUUGGUCAGUUUCAAGAGACAUAUGGAUGUCUGCUUGUACCAGUAAUCAUUGGGAAACUUCAGAUGGAAAUAAGAAAGAAUUUAGCAAGGGAACACGGAAGCGAUAGCUGGAUUUUAGCAGAUCUUCGGAGGGCAAUUCACAAAGAAAUCACAAUCAUGGACGUAGGACAAACGACAGUGACACCGGAAGUACACGAUCCUACUGCGUUGUUCUUCGCCGGAACUAGACAAAAAUCAAAGACACCAAACUACAAAAAGACAGAUACUAUCAAAACUAGUAACAUAAAAGCAUGUAUAUAUUGCGAUGAAGAGCAUUUGCCGAACAAUUGUAACAAGGUAACUUCUUUUGAAGCACGGAUUGAAAUUGUUAAAAAGAAAAAAAUGUGUUUUAACUGCUUGAGGAACCAUCAAGUUUCAAAAUGCCGAUCUAACAAUAGAUGUCGCAAUUGUAAAAGGAAACAUCAUACCAGUAUCUGUGAAAGUGGUUUUACACAGUCUACAGAGACAACACAGCAGACAGAUAAACGUGACACAGCUAUGCUGCACUCUGCGAUACAGUCUACACCUAAUGUAUUACUGAAAACAGCCAUAGCACAAGUAUGUUCUAAUCAAGUCAGCACCGAAGCUAAUAUUCUGUUUGAUGAAUGGGUGCAGCGUUCAUUUAUCACCGACGAAUUAGCUGACCGAUUGAAACUUACCCGUGGAAAUAUUGAGACUAUUCACUUGACGUCAUUUGGAGAUUCGAACCAGUCUGUUAGACAUAUGAACACUACAACAGUCUAUCUACUAACAGAUGCCGGAAAAAGGAUUGCCAUUCAAGUCCUAAUUGUCCCGACGAUAGCAGUUCCGCUAAGAAACCUACAAAACAACGUUACCAACUUACCUUACCUACGAGGGCUGAAGUUAGCACAUCCUUUAACAGACGAUAAUUCAUUUGAAAUUUCACUUUUGAUUGGCGCAGAUUACUUUUGGGAGAUUGUACAGAAUCGAGUAGUUCGUGGAAAUGGACCUACCGCUGUCAGCUCAAAGAUUGGUUACCUCCUGUCAGGACCACUUCCAAUGUCACCCCCUACGCCUACAACAAAUCACAUUCUGAAUGUAUUUACUUCGCCGCCUGAUGUCAGUCAAUUAGAACAGUUUUGGAAAUUAGAGUCAAUGGGGAUAGUGUCCCAUGAAGAAGAUAAUUCUACUAAAGAAUACCUUCAACGAUACCAAGAUUGUUCUAUAACGUUCAAAGACGGAAGAUAUUCUGCCAUGUUACCAUGGAAACCUCAUGCCGCGCUACCAACCAAUUACAAUAUCACUAAGCGAAGGACAGAGAACACUAUUCAAAGAUUGCGACAAGAACCUGAGAUGUUGAAAAAAUACGGAGAAAUCAUAGAUGAGCAGGAGAGGAGAGGUUUUAUAGAGAAAGUUCCUCACACACAGAUCCCGUCCCAUAAUGUACAUUACAUUCCUCAUCAUGGAGUCAAGAAAGAUUCAACAACCACUCCUAUUCGUAUUGUUUACGAUUGUAGCUGCCGACAGUCAGGUGACAUGCCCAGUUUAAAUGAUUGCUUAGGAUCGACACCACCGGUGCUGAAUGAUUUGACAAGUAUUCUUGUUCGUUUCCGUCUACACAGAUAUGCCGUGUCUACUGACAUAGAAAAAGCAUUUUUGCACGUGCAAUUAGAUGAGAAUGACAGAGAUUUUACGAAAUUUUUGUGUCUGAGUGACCCAAAUGAUGCCAAUAGUCAGUUAGCUACCUACAGAUUCAAAUCCGUUCUUUUUGGCGCAACCUGUUCUCCGUUCAUCCUAAGCGCGAAAAUACUGAGACAUCUCCAAGAAAACAAAAACAACUGGGUCAGUGAAAUCAUAAAGAGAGACUUGUAUGUAGAUAACAUAUUGACGAGCUUUCCUCUAGAGUCAGAUAUCAUUGUUUUCUUCCGUUGUACUCGAACUAUGAUGUCAGGCGCAGGUUUCAAUCUAAGAUCUUGGACUUCAAACAGUCAACGUGUGCGGUCAGUUGCUGCAACAGAAAAUGUUCUCCAGACAGACAAAAUCACCAAAGUACUAGGUAUGCUAUGGAACACGGACACAGACGAAUUGUCAUUUCAAAACAGAUCCAUCCGCAUUUCGGCGUAUACUACCAAACGUGAAAUUCUACAACAGACGUCCAGAAUAUAUGACCCACUAGGUCUGUUGAGCCCAGUUACCAUCCGUGCAAAGAUCAUGCUACAAGACCUCUGGCAAUAUGGAUAUACCUUGGAUGCUCCAUUACCAGACGACAUACAACAAAGAUGGUCAAUCCUUGCUAGAGAUUUGAACCUGAUUAUGAAAACAAAAUUCCCGCGUCACUACUUUCCAAAUACUUACGUAGCAGAAGACAAGAACUGUGUAACAGACGACAACUAUAGUGUAACAGACGACAGUUGCAGUUCAGCAGACAUGAAUACCCUUCACAUCUUCGUUGAUGCCAGUAUCCAGUCUUACGGUGCGGUAGCCUAUCUAUGCGGUAAUCAGAAAUCUACAUUCGUUAUGGCGAAAACUCGUGUAGCACCUCUGAAAACAUUAACGUUACCACGAUUAGAACUUAUGGCCGCAGUGGUGGGAGCGCGUCUCGCAAAUCAUUUACAACAUGCGUGUUCAAUUGAUUCUGGAAAUAUAUACCUGUGGUCAGAUAGCCAAAAUGUUCUACACUGGUUACACACAACGAAGCCAUUAAAAAGAUUCGUUGAGAACAGAAUUCGUGAAAUCAAGGAGCUGACGGACGUGCGACAUUGGAGAUACUGCCCCACCCAUGACAACCCUGCCGAUCUUCAGACACGUGGUAUAUCUGCAAAACAGUACAAUAAUAGCCUUUGCUGGAAGUCAGGUCCUUCAUGGAUCAGUAAACCUUCAAAAUGGCCGACUUGGAAUUUACAAGACACGUCAGUGAUGACAGCAGUGACAAAUGACACCCUAGAAUACGGUUUAGGUAACCUUUUAUCACAGCACGACUCAGAAACAAUAACUACACUCGGACUGCAUAACAUCAUCAACAUAAGUAAAUUCAGCAAGAAUAUGAAGCUUCUAAGAGUUACGGCAUAUGUACUUAGAUUCGUUAACAAUUGUAGAGCAUCUGGUCGUAAAAUAUCAAAUCCAUUAACAGUUGCAGAACUACAAAAGUCUGAAAAGUUGUGGAUUCAGAGUUGUCAGGUUACAACAUACAACAAUGAAAUAUCAAACCUGAGUUCCAGCAAAAAUUGCCUUCCACUCGUAAAACAACUACGUCUGUUCUUAGAUGGUGAAGGGAAACCAUACAACGCCCCAGAUCCACCACCUCUACCUAGAUAUAGAGUCGACGAUGCUCCACCAUUCUCAGUCACAGGAGUUGACUUUACCGGCGCUUUGUACGUGAGAGAUAAUACCGGAUGCGAAACUAAAGCCUACAUCUGCCUGUUUACUUGUGCAUCGACCAGAGCCGUUCACCUAGAAGUUGUGUCUGACUUAUCAGAAGAAUCAUUUUUACAAGCGUUCAGGAGAUUUUGCAGUCGUAUGUCCGUACCAAAUAUCAUGAUAUCAGACAAUGCUUCGACUUACAUGGCUGCGUCCAACCAUAUUAAACGUCUGUUUGAAUCAGACUCACUUCAAGAAACACUCAGCCACAAGGGUACAAAGUGGCAAUUUAUUCCUAAACGUGCACCUUGGUAUGGCGGAUGGUGGGAAAGACUUAUUGGUUCAACAAAAAGAUCACUAAAAAAAGUACAAGGUCGAGCGUAUAUAACUUACGAAACACUGCAAACAGUUGUGACGGAAGUAGAAGCCGUAAUGAAUGAUAGACCACUUACAUACAUCACUUCCGAUUCAUCAGAUCCAGAUCCUCUUACGCCAGCCCAUCUACUCUACGGCCGAAGAUUGACCAUGUUACCAUAUCAAGACGUAACCGAUACACAGAUCACUAAUCCAAUACUUAGUGAUACAUCAGGAAUAACGAAACGAGCAAGGGUCCAGAAGAAUCUCAUUGACAGCUUCCGGGAAAAAUGGAGACACGAGUAUCUCACUGCUUUACGUGAGAACCACCAAACGACAGGAAACAAUCAUCAGACGAUAAGAGUAGGAGAUGUCGUUCAAAUCCAUGAUGAAAAAUCACGUUCUCAAUGGAAACUAGCAGUUGUAGAAGACCUUAUAACUGGAAAAGAUGGUCUUGUACGUGCCGCGACAAUCAGAACGAACAACUGUGUUACAAACAGAGCUAUCAUUAAACUUUACUCAUUAGAAGUGCAAUAA